AUGGAAUUUGGCACAGCUCUCCCAUAUCAUGUGGUAUUUGAUGAACACUGUCGACUGGUACAAUUCGGAAGAGAGCUAGCGAAUCACGUACCAAAGGAGCUUCUCAUCAAAGGAACGCCAAUAAUGCGAAUUUUCGAGGUGAAUAGGCCACAAAUUCCAUUCGAUUUUGACAACAUCUGUAACUUUAUCAAUGCCGUCUUCGUGUUGCAAGUGAAGACUUCUUCUUUAGACAUAAAACGUCAACAACAAGAGCCACAGGAAAAUGGCGACUCUAAUAGUGCACCGUAUUAUGGACAUCGUCUACAAUUGAAAGGGCAAAUGAUGCUUCUAUCAGAUCGUAAG